GAGAAGUCACGUUUUCUCCUCUCAAUGCAAACCUUGUCGGACAUCUACUGCAUAUUGGAAAGCAAGACUAGCAACAGGACAUUUGCAUCACUAUGGUACUGAAUAGCGGCUCUGGGAGUAACGGUUUACAUAGUGUAAUUUACCAUAGAACGCUAACUUCUAGUCCACAUUUUCACAUUUCCAAACUUGUUCAUGUUUACUUAUUUCAAACGGGAAAAGCCUGUGCGCAUUUCUCCCUGGCUGAAAUUCAAAGGAAGAUCAGAGGAUGAAAGUACUUAAAAGUGUCCCUCUUUUAUUGGGGUGUUGGACUCUCUUAUACCUGGACUUUAUCCCAGCGUCACUGAGCCAUACCGGCAUUGCAGAGUGCGCACCCGAGAGCGGAGGAAAGGAGCACACAGGCGGAGCAGGUGAAGGAGCCAACCCGGGAAUUGGCUCAACUGCCAGGUCAACGGUAGGAAACUACGGCGCAGGGGGUUGGAAUUCUCUAAGUGCUGCGAGGAUCACGCGCAUUAGAACAGGACCCCCGCUGAUAAAGGGCGAGGCAGCCAAAGCGAAAGCUGUGACAUCAGUGUCAUCACCGCACAGCGUAACGGUCAGCCGUGCUCGUGGAGUUGUCAAUUUGGGGCCCGAGGGGGCUGUGCGCUAUUGGGUACCCGGCGGGGAUGCUACUAAAGCAGCAGCUGCGCCUGCUCCCGUGGCGUUGAGCAUGCAAACAGGUAAAGGCGCAGGCAGGCCUGGACAGAGCAAAGGAAACACUGUCCCCAGAGCUGCAACACCAGCACGAACUGGACAGCAAAAGGUCGUUGAUGUGCAAAAGCACAUCGUUCGGUUGGCCCAAAUGAGUGUCAAAGCAACGGGCAAACUUAACGGCAGAUACUCUCCAAAGCUUCUAUUGGUAACUCCGCACGACUACAUGUUGUCACUCUAUUGGUCACUAUCCACGGGAGGGGUGAACACUAGUGUGCUACAUGAGGCUGGCAUGGCCAACACCAUCACAAGCUUUGUGGAUAAAGGACAAGAUGCCCGUAUUCCCCAGUUGAGAAGACAGAAGUAUUACUUCAACAUCAGUUCCCUGGAGAAGGAGGGGUUACUGGGUGCUGAGCUGCGUAUACUCAGGAAAAGACUGGCUGAUCCACACAAAGCACUUUCCACUGACAGAGUUUUCUGCCUGAAGCUUUUCACUUGUGUAGCAGGUAAGCAGAAAGCUACACUGCUCCAAACUCAAACCAUCAAGGACCACAAUUCGCCCAAAUGGGAAGUGUUUGACAUUUGGAAACUAUUCAAGAAUUUCAAGAGCACCGUCCAGCUUUGCUUUGAGCUGGAGGGUUUAGAACGGGGACGCCCCGUGGACCUCAGGGCACUGGGCUUCAGUCGUCUGGGCAGGCAAACCAAAGAGAAGGCCUUUUUCCUCAUGUUCGGGCGCACCAAGAAAAAUGACUUGUUCUACAACGAGAUCAAAGCUCGGUCUGGCCACGACAACAAGACUGUGUAUGAAUUCCUGUUCACUCAGCGGCGCAUGCGCCGAGCUCCAACCAACCGCGGCAAGAAGCUGGCCAAGAACCCCAAGCCUCGUUGCCACAGGAAGCAGCUGCACGUCAACUUCAAGGAGAUGGGCUGGGACGAUUGGAUCAUCGCCCCACUAGAGUAUGAGGCCUACCACUGCGACGGGGUAUGUGACUUCCCUAUUCGCUCGCACCUCGAGCCCACCAACCACGCCAUCAUCCAGACGCUCAUGAACUCCAUGGACCCCGACUCGACUCCGCCCACCUGCUGCGUGCCCACUCGCCUCAGCCCAAUCAGCAUCCUCUACAUUGACUCGGCCAAUAACGUGGUCUACAAACAGUAUGAGGACAUGGUGGUGGAGUCCUGUGGCUGCAGGUAG